UGCGUACCAUGUGAUUCGGGGGCAGAACAGGCAGAAGAGGGUGUGUUCACGUGUUCCUUUCCAGGGCACCUGCUCUGCGGGGUUAGGACAAGAUGCAGGCACGAGUGGGGAAUGCUUUCUUGAGGGCCAGACAGACCUGGUUUGUGGCCCUUGGCUUCAGCACUCACCAGCUAAGAGGCGUUGGGCAACGUCCGAACUCCCGGAGCCUCCUUUUCCUCUUUUGUGAGUUGUAGCAGAGAAGGACUGAAGGAGGCGCAGCACGUGGGGAAGCCAGCUGCUCGGGACAUCUGGCCCAGAGUGGUAGUCCAUAAAGUGGGGUCACUGGAGCUGGGGGUCGGGCUCUGCAGGGCUUGAGAGGAGGCCCUUGGGGCUGGCUGGGGACAUUCUGAGAGCUCUUGUCUUCCAGCAAGAGCCUCCCUGGGCCCUGCCUGAGCAGGCCUGCCUGGCAAGCUGGGACAUGUCUGGCCCCCGAGGACGACUGGUGGGCGAUGGCUGCAGUGGCGGAGGGGCUGGAGACCGAGUCAGCUGCUGCAGAAGAUGCUGCAAGAGAUGCUGCAGAUGCUGUGGAUGCAGGGCCCGGGGUGCCUCCUCUCCUGGCUGGGAACCGGCUGAGCCUGGACCUGUACCCCAGGGGCUGCCACCGGCUGCUGCACCUGUGUGCCCAGCAGGUCCCUCAGCUGCUGGAGGUGGAGUUCCUGCAGCUGAGCAGCCACGAGGACCCUCGGCUGCUGGAGGCCACCCUGGCCCGGCUGCCCUGGAGCCUGCCACGCCUCCGCUCCCUGGUCCUCAAAGGUGGGCAACGCCGGAAUGCUCUGGGUGCCUGCCUCCAGGGCUCCCUGACCACGCUGCCUGCCAGCCUGAGUGGCCUCACCCACUUGGCCCACCUGGAUCUGAGCUUCAACAGCCUGGAGACGUUGCCAGCCUGUGUCCCACAGAUGUGUGGCUUGAGCGCCCUCUUGCUCUCUCAUAACUGCCUCUCAGAGCUGCCCGAGGCCCUGGGGGCGCUCCCUGCCCUCACCUUCCUUGCCAUCACCCACAACCGCCUGGAAACACUGCCCACAGCACUGGGGUCCCUGUCCACCCUGCAGCGCCUUGAUCUCUCUGAGAACCUUCUGGACACUCUGCCCCCUGAGAUCGGAGGCCUGAGCAGUCUUGCUGAGCUCAAUCUGGCCUCCAACCGGCUGCAGAGCCUCCCCACCUCCCUUGCGGGGCUCCGGUCCCUGCGGCUCCUUGUUCUGCACAGCAACCUUCUGGCCUCGGUGCCCGCCAGCCUGGCCCGCCUCCCACUGCUCACCCGGCUGGACCUGAGGGACAACCAGCUCCGGGACGUGCCCCCCGAGCUAUUGGACGCCCCCUUUGUGCGCCUGCAAGGAAACCCCCUGGGCAGGGCCCCCCCGGACCCCCACAGCCCCCCAGGGACACCCGUGGUCCCAGAAAUGCCCAGACUCUUGCUGACCUCAGAUGUGGACAGCUUCCCCGUGACCCCUCAAGGCUGCUCUGUGACCCUGGCCUGUGGCGUCCGCCUGCAGUUCCCUGCUGGGGCCACUGCCACCCCUGUUACCAUCCGCUACCGACUGUGGCUGCCGGAGCCCCGCCUCGUCCCCUUGGGUCCUCAUGACUCUCUGCUCAGUGGUGUCCUGGAGCUGCAGCCCCACGGGGUGGCCUUCCUGCAGGAGGUGGGCCUGUGGCUGCUGUUUGUGCCACCACGGGCCCGGCGUUGCCGGGAGGUGGUGGUCAGGACCCUGAGUGACAACAGCUGGAGUGACCUGGAGACCCACCUGGAGGAAGAGGCACCCAAGCGGCUCUGGGCCUGCUGCCAGGUACCCCACUUUUCGUGGUUCCUUGUGGUUUCGCGCCCCGUGUCCAACACCUGUCUGGUGCCACCAGAGGGGACAUUGCUGUGUUCCUCGGGACAUCCUGGGGUCAAGGUCACAUUCCCCCCUGGGGCCACUGAGGAGCCCCGGCAUGUCCACAUGCAGGUGGUGCACGUGGGCAGCAGAGGACGGCCAGCCCUGCUGGAGGAGCCUGAGGCAGCCGCGAGCCCCUUGCUGUGCCUCACCCAGAGUGGUCCCCCAAGCUUCCUCCAGCCGGUCACUGUGCAGCUGCCUCUGCCCCCCGGCGUCACAGGCCUGAGUCUGGACCGCUCCCGCCUGCACCUGCUGUACAGGGCCCCUCCCGCAGCUGCCUGGGAUGACAUCACGGCUCAGGUGGCGCUAGAGCUCACCCACCUGUACGCCCGCUUCCAGGUCACACGCUUUUCCUGGUACUGGCUCUGGUACACCACUGCGACCUGUGGGGGCCUGGCCCGGAAGGCCUGGGAGCGGCUGCGGCUCCACCGCGUGAACCUGAUCGCGCUGCAGAGACGCCGGGACCCUGAGCAGGUCCUGCUGCAGUGCCUGCCCCGGAACAAGGUGGAUGCCACCCUGCGGCGGCUACUGGAGCGGUACCGCGGCCCCGAGCCCUCAGACACUGUGGAGAUGUUUGAGGGCGAGAAAUUCUUCGCUGCCUUUGAGGGAGGCAUCGACGUGGAUGCCGGCCGUCCGGACUGCGUGGAGGGCAGGCUGCGCUUUGUCUUCUAUUCGCACCUGAGGAACGUGAAGGAGGUGUACGUGACCACCGCCCUGGACCGGAAGGCUCAGGCUGUGAGGGGCCAGGUGUCCUUCUACCGGGGAGAGGUGCCAAAGGAGGUGCCCGAGGAGGCGGAGGCUGCCCGGCAGAAGAAGGGCAUGGAUACCCUGUGGAUGGCCACUCUGCCUAUCAAGCUGCCGAGACUGCGGGGGUCGGAGGGGCCAGGGCAGGGGGCUAGCCUCUCCCUGGCACCUCUGAACCUGGGCGACGCUGAGACUGGCUUCCUGACCCAGAGCAACCUGCUGACUGUGGCUGGGCGCCUGGGCCCCGACUGGCCAGCCGUGGCCCUGCACUUGGGCAUGCCCUACCGUGAGCUGCAGCGCAUCAGGCAUGAAUUCAGGGACGACCUGGAUGGACAGAUCCGCCAUAUGCUCUUCUCCUGGGCUGAGCGCCAGGCUGGGCGGCCAGGAGCUGUGGGGCUCCUAGUGCAGGCCCUGGAGCAGAGUGACCGGCAGGACGUUGCAGAAGAGGUGCAGGCCAUUUUGGAGCUUGGCCGCCGCAAGUACCAGGAGGGCAUCCAGCGCACAAGCCUGGCCGCCGGGGACCUUGGUCCACCUGGCCCUUCAGCGUUGCAAUCCCCAGAGCCUGCCCAGGCCUAGAACCCACCGACUCUGGGCUGGUCCCCGACACUCCCUGGCCAGUGGUUGGAAGCUCCCACUUUCAAGCCUUCUCUGGGCAUGGGGACAGUGACCCCCAUGUGUAACAAACGUGUAGUGUUCUGGC